CGAAGAUUCGGACGGGGAACAGAUUUUGUAUUCUGAAAUCAGCUUGCCAGUGGUUCUCGGCUCUAAAACAAGUUCGAAAAGAGGUAGAAAGAAACUGAUAACACCUAAACUUGUCGCAGCUUUAGACCGUUGUCAGUUGAGCAUUAGAGACUCCGUUUACAUUCUUCAUGCGGUUGUAGAAGCGCUUGGUCUGAGCAGUGAUGAUUUCCCAAUUAAUAAAUCCUCGAUUCAGCGAAUUCGUACUCAGAUGAGAAAAUCUAGGGCAGAAGCAAUAAAAACUGAUUUUCAGAACAAUGUUCCUGAUGUAGUCACAGUCCAUUGGGAUGGAAAACUAUUACCAGGGCUGAAUGUGCGAGUUUCAAAAGAAGAACGCUUGCCAAUUAUAGUUUCAUUUGACGACAAAGAACAGCUUCUUGCAGUACCAAAACUGGAGAGUUCUUCUGGUAAACAUCAAUCAAAAGCCGUCUCAACCGCCCUUUGUGACUGGGAUCUUAAUAACAAGGUACAAAUAAUGUGCUGCGACACCACAUCUUCGAAUACUGGACGUUACAAUGGAGCUUGCGCUCUUUUAGAACACACUUUAGAAAGAGAAUUGUUAUUGUUCGCUUGUCGUCAUCAUGUUUAUGAGUUGGUCUUAAAAACUGUCUUCGAAACCAAGAUAAAGCACAUUACUAACAGCGCAGAUAUUCCGCUCUUUAAGAAGUUCAGAGACAAUUGGAAAAACAUCGAUUCAAAUAAAAUUGAACUAUGCCUUGAUUUCGUUAAAGAAUAUGUUGCUGAGACAAAUAUUACAUCUUUGAUAAUGUUUUAUAAAGCAGAACUGGAAAAAUCUUUCAUAAGAGACGAUUAUCGUGAAUUAGUUGAACUUUGCGUAGUGUUUCUGGGAGGAGAUACAAACAAGAAAAUAAAAAUCAGGCCCCCUGGAGCUAUGCAUCAGGCACGGUGGAUGGCAAGAGCGAUUUACUCUUUAAAAAUAUGUUUGCUGCAAUCUCAAGUCAGAAUGAUUGUAAAAGACAAAAGGGCCCUACAAGAUGUUUGCCUAUUUAUCGUCACAUUGUAUGUAAAGCCUUGGCUUGAAUGCACAGUGGCGAUUAAAGCACCUAACUAAGAUUUGUACUUCUUGAAGGCAUUAAAAGAGUACGAAAAAGUUGACACAACAGUUUCAAAAGCUGCUUUAAGCAAGUUCAGCCACCACCUAUGGUACUUGUGUGAAGAGACAGUCAUUUUAUCACUGUUUGAUAAUGAGGUUGAUAACCAAACCAAAAUGAAAAUGAUUGAAAACUUAGACAGGGACAAGAGGUCAGAUGUUGGCAAACGCUAUAUUCCAUCAAAGGAAGAAAUGUCCCAAACGUUGUUUGAUAAAACGCUGGAUGAUUUUGUAUCGGAGAAGAGCAAACAAUUUCUAACUCGACUGCAGAUUGACGACAGUUUUCUUCAGGAAGAUAUAUCUUCUUGGGAUGAUAAUGCUGCUUUUCUGAAAGCUAAAAGUAGGAUAAGUCGGUUGAAGGUUGUAAAUGACACUGCUGAGAGGGCUGUCAAAUUAAUGCAAGAUUUUCAAGGACUUAUCACGGCGGAAGAAGAACAAAAACAAUACCUGUUGCGCUGUGUCAACGAACAUAGACAUUUAUAUCCGGACUGUAAAAAAACCACACUAAAUAGAAGUUACCCUGCCUGAUUGUUAUUAUUUUAUGUGUUUAAAUAAAUAUAAAUAUUACAAUAAAUUCAUUUUCCAUUUUAUUCACUUCAUUAAUUUCAUUUUGAUUAAUUUUAUAGAAGAUACACAAAACUUGGAACAUUCCGAAGAUUCGGACGGGGAACAGAUUUUGUAUUCUGAAAUCAGCUUGCCAGUGGUUCUCGGCUCUAAAACAAGUUCGAAAAGAGGUAGAAAGAAACUGAUAACACCUAAACUUGUCGCAGCUUUAGACCGUUGUCAGUUGAGCAUUAGAGACUCCGUUUACAUUCUUCAUGCGGUUGUAGAAGCGCUUGGUCUGAGCAGUGAUGAUUUCCCAAUUAAUAAAUCCUCGAUUCAGCGAAUUCGUACUCAGAUGAGAAAAUCUAGGGCAGAAGCAAUAAAAACUGAUUUUCAGAACAAUGUUCCUGAUGUAGUCACAGUCCAUUGGGAUGGAAAACUAUUACCAGGGCUGAAUGUGCGAGUUUCAAAAGAAGAACGCUUGCCAAUUAUAGUUUCAUUUGACGACAAAGAACAGCUUCUUGCAGUACCAAAACUGGAGAGUUCUUCUGGUAAACAUCAAUCAAAAGCCGUCUCAACCGCCCUUUGUGACUGGGAUCUUAAUAACAAGGUACAAAUAAUGUGCUGCGACACCACAUCUUCGAAUACUGGACGUUACAAUGGAGCUUGCGCUCUUUUAGAACACACUUUAGAAAGAGAAUUGUUAUUGUUCGCUUGUCGUCAUCAUGUUUAUGAGUUGGUCUUAAAAACUGUCUUCGAAACCAAGAUAAAGCACAUUACUAACAGCGCAGAUAUUCCGCUCUUUAAGAAGUUCAGAGACAAUUGGAAAAACAUCGAUUCAAAUAAAAUUGAACUAUGCCUUGAUUUCGUUAAAGAAUAUGUUGCUGAGACAAAUAUUACAUCUUUGAUAAUGUUUUAUAAAGCAGAACUGGAAAAAUCUUUCAUAAGAGACGAUUAUCGUGAAUUAGUUGAACUUUGCGUAGUGUUUCUGGGAGGAGAUACAAACAAGAAAAUAAAAAUCAGGCCCCCUGGAGCUAUGCAUCAGGCACGGUGGAUGGCAAGAGCGAUUUACUCUUUAAAAAUAUGUUUGCUGCAAUCUCAAGUCAGAAUGAUUGUAAAAGACAAAAGGGCCCUACAAGAUGUUUGCCUAUUUAUCGUCACAUUGUAUGUAAAGCCUUGGCUUGAAUGCACAGUGGCGAUUAAAGCACCUAACUAAGAUUUGUACUUCUU